AAUAAACUAUGCAGCUGUUACGUAAUUAAUGCCAAUAAUCAUGGUUGUGAAGUAAACGCAUUUAAGUUGGAAGUUAUACUAUGUUUUGUGAUGUUAUAGUUUUGUGUUGGGAUUAAUCAUUUGGCUAACUUAACAUCAUUAGAUGUGAUAUUCUACAAGAGAAAGUAAAGAGUACAACAACGAACAUCAAGGUUAAACAGAGAAGACAUCAAACCUGCCAGACAUCAGUCGAGUGUGUAGUUGCAUCGUAGCGCGUACACAGCUUUAUCAAAACUCAUCUUUAUUGAACUUAGAGCAUGAUGUCUGCUUGUCCCAAGCCCACAAGAAAGGAAACAGGGUGUGGUAUAUUCAAUUGCGUUGCAAAGACAGUAGCUGUUACACCGAAACCAAAGCACCUUGCGGUUAUUUGUAUAACAGCAAACAUCAUUCUUACGUUGGCUUUUCUACUCCUUAUAAUAGUCUGGGCAGUUGUAAGAAUGCCUUUAACAUUGUCGAAAGAAAGUUCUGCGUGCAUACUUUGCGAUAGAACGAAGUCUAAUGCUUACACAAACCCAGACCAAGAAGCUUCUGGACAUUCUGUUAUCAAAAGGAGAGACGAUGGGAUGUGCUGCGGACCUGUCGAAAGCAUCGCUCAGAUGUUGUUUCAAAAGGAAAUGGCCGAGUAUUAUUACAGCAGUUCCAGUCAAAGUCUCAUUGACAUAGCAGAAGAGUAUGCUGACUGUGAAAGAAAAACAAACGACAAGCAGCCCAUUGCUAAAGUAGUUGGAAUUGUGGAGUUCAAGCCAUGCUACAUUGUUGAGGGUCAUUACAGGGUCAUUUGGAAUAAAAACGGUCGUACUUUUUACUCCAAUAACUGCGUCCACUUGGAACUCGAAGGCGAAAUAUUUGUUCGGCAGGCCGGCUACUACAUAGUCUCUUCGCAGCUGAAUCUAAGGCGACAAAUGGAGACAAGCACACCGAACAAUGAAACCAGGCCAACGACUUUCAUUCAUCAAGUAAACCUGCUCUCACAUAUGUAUGGCACGACAGGAGUGUUGAUGCAAACCAUGAAAUCAGUUGAAAGACAUACUGGUUACUUCUUUACCAGUCUCUUGUCAGCUGUGUUCAAGUUGAACAAGAAUGACAGACUCUCUGUUUCUGUAUCGCACCCUGAAUUGUUAGACAUUGACAAUCCCAAUGAUCUUUUCCUGGCUUAUUAUACGUAUGAUCUGCCAAACUAAAUAAGAGUUUAUGUAUUUUACUCAACUUUAAGAUUAAUCAUUUUUCAAUAUUUCUUUCGUAUAAAAUAGAAAUAAGGGUUAUGGUUAGGGUUCGGGUUUUAACUAUAUAUUUGUAUGGUCCUUCGGGUUUUUUUUAUGUAGCUUGAUUGUGAAGACGGUUGUGCAUAUGAAUUUCACCGAAUCGGUUUG